UGUCCUCUCACUCUCCCGUGUCAUUGUUUUGAGAUUACAGGUGUUCCAGGAGAAUCAGGAGUGUAUGUCGGCCACACGGCGGAGGAGAAGCUCCGGCUGCAGCAGCUGCGGUCUCUGCGGCGCCGGUGGCUGCAGGAGCAGGAACUCAGUCCCCGCGAGCCGGUGAGCGGAGCCGCGAGCCCGGGCCGAGUGCAGAACUUCUGGAGCUCGUUCCUCCAACCACGGAGUUUGUGGAGGAUCUCUGCAUUUAAGGCGUAUAAUGUGGGUGUAUUCGCUCUGACCCGUGUCCUCAUACCUGCUUGGGUCAUCCACUAUUAUGUCAAAUAUCACCUGAGUAAGAAAGCAUACAGUGUGGUGGAGUUGAAACCCAGACUGUUCCCAGGUGACACCAUCAUGGAGACGGGGGAGGUGGUUCCCGAGCUGCCUGAGGCUCAUGGCCACGCCCACCACUAAGUUCACCUGGUCACAUGAUCUCUGUACAUACACCUGUAUCUGAUAAUAAAGAGCGUAACACACUGUA